AUGCGCGCCCACAUUAUUGCUGCUGCUGCCGCCAUCUGGCUCGUCUCACCCGUCUGUGCGGGCUUGACGACCUCCGACGUCGAGAAAGCGUUCAAGCAAGCGAACAUCAUCCCUGAUGAAAUCCCGGACUUCACGCCCAAGGCUCUCCUCAACGUCGCCUACAUUGACCCAGCCACAAAAAAAUCGAUCUCAAUCACCCCAGGCAAGGCCAUUUCCGUGAACCAGACGGCCGUGCGUCCGCAAUACGCGGUGACGUCCUCACAGACCAACCUAGCCGGCCAGAGCUUCGUGCUCGUCAUGUUCGACCCCGACGCCCCGACGCCGCAAAACAAGUCGCUCGCCCAGGUCCGGCAUAUGAUCGCCCAGGUGCAGCUCAGCAGCGACACCAAGGCGCUCGCGUCCACCGCCGGCUCGCUCCUCACGAACACCUCCAAGGCGAUCUCGGAGUACUUUGGGCCUGCACCCCCGGCCGGGAAUGCCCACCGGUACACCAUACUGCUGUUCCAGGAGCCCGCGUCGUUCGCGUCGCAGGUCGGCGCGCUCGUCAACGCGUCGACGCCCGUCACGGGGUUCAACACGCGCAACUUUGCGCACACGCUCGGGCUCGGAGCGCCAGUGGCGGGCACGUUCUUCAUGACGGGUCAGAACACCGCCAACGCUUCGCCCGACGGAACCGGGGCGUCGUCGAGUAAGACGAGCGGGUCUGGGCGCACGGUUGUGGGCGUCGUGGCCGCGACAAUAGCGGCUUUCGUAGCUGGGUUUGGGAUGGUUGCUUGGUGA